CUCUCUCUCUCUCUCUCUCUCUCUCUCCUCACCUUCCAACAAUGUCUGGUGUUCUCCUUGAUCAUUGAAAGCCCAGGAUGAUCCUCCUCGAUGAAACCAUUCAGGGAACUUGCAUUAGAAACAGCUCAUGGACGAUAAACAUGCACCCGAUAUUGUCCUUUCGGUUACGACCCAACUUCCCUCUCUUCCAAUAAUCCAUACCUCCGCAAAAUUUGACCCUCGGUUUGCCCCCCAGAAUCAUCAUGUUAUUUGGGUCUGCGUGUUUGUGUCUGUCGAGAUUGAGAAACAUAGAGAUGUUGGAGCCAGUUCGUUCCUCCAAAAGCCUUUCUAUUCAUUGAAACGUUGUGAUGGGUAGAGUUUCGAUCUCCAGAUUCCUGUCGGUGCAUGAAUCGUAAAAAGGAGCGCACACAAGCCAAGUAAACCUGAAGUUAUGGACUCAAUCCCCAAGAACAAUACAAGCCUAUGUUAUGACAUGCCAGGCUAUCCCAGAAAGCCAGAUCAAACAGCCAGAGAUGUCUCCGAGUCUACCCCUGAUUCACCUGCUAUACCUGCAAAUUCUGAUCCAUUUCCCAAAAAUUGUGAAGUUGGAUUGAGAAAAGUCGAACAGGAUACCAAGAACAAUACUACUGUUGAUGGAUCGCCUAUUUGCCGGCAGCAGAUUCCAGGCCUAACAAGAACACAUGCCAAUAAUCAUAACCACAAUGAAAUUCCAACAGCUUCAUCAGCAGCGAUAUUGACAAGUAGACCACUCACAACAACGACGCUGCAACCGCAACCAAAUACAAAGAACUACAAUAGCCAGCAGGGAUCAAGCCGUAGCAACAGCUUGGAGAGCUCGGGUGCGAUGCUGAGGCCCCACACAGGUGGGGAUGUUCGAUGGGAGGCCAUCAAUAUGUUGCCCAAGGGAGGUCCCAAACUUGGCAUGAGCAACUUUCGGCUCCUGAAACGCAUAGGAUAUGGGGACAUAGGGAGCGUGUAUCUCGUGGAGCUCCGAGGAACCAACACUCACUUUGCCAUGAAAGUGAUGGACAAGUCAUCCCUUGCCAGCAGAAACAAACUCCAGCGAGCUCAGACUGAAAGGGAGAUACUCGGGCUCCUCGACCACCCAUUCCUGCCCACGCUUUAUUCUUACUUCGAGACCGAAAAGUUCUAUUGCUUGGUCAUGGAGUUCUGCAGCGGAGGAAAUCUGCAUUCCCUCCGUCAAAAGCAACAAAACAAGCAUUUCACCGAAGAAGCUGCGAGGUUUUAUGCAUCGGAGGUGCUGUUGGCGCUGGAGUACCUGCACAUGCUAGGUAUUGUAUACAGGGAUCUGAAGCCAGAGAACGUGCUGGUGAGAGACGAAGGGCAUAUAAUGCUUUCAGACUUCGACUUAUCACUACGGUGCUCGGUCAGCCCAACACUAGUAAAGUCCUCCUCAGUACAUGUAGGCGGCAGCAGCAGCAGCAGCACUGGUUUUUCGUCUGGGGCCAUUUUGGACGAGGAGUACACGGUGCAUGGUUGCAUGCAGCCAUCCAACUUUUUGCCACGGAUAUUGCCCGGGAAGAAGAACCGCAAAUCUAAAUCAGACUUUGGGGUGAUGAUGGGUGGAGGAGGGCUGCAGUCCCAAUUGCCCGAGCUGAUGGCGGAGCCAACCAACGUGAGGUCCAUGUCCUUCGUGGGGACCCAUGAGUAUCUGGCUCCGGAGAUCAUCCGUGGAGAAGGACAUGGUAGUGCGGUGGAUUGGUGGACGUUCGGCAUAUUCUUGUAUGAGCUGCUGCAUGGCACCACUCCUUUCAAGGGUUCGGGCAACCGUGCCACUCUCUUCAACGUGGUCGGGCAACCCUUGAGAUUCCCAGAUACCCCACAAGUGAGUUUCAUGGCACGGGACUUGAUACGAGGCCUCCUAGUCAAGGAGCCCCACAAACGCAUUGCCUACAAGAGAGGUGCCACUGAGAUCAAGCAGCACCCAUUCUUCGAGGGAGUGAAUUGGGCCCUGGUGAGGAGUGCGGUCCCGCCCCAUAUACCUGAUCCCGUUGACUUCUCCCAGUUUGCUACAAAAGAUCCAAAGGUAGAACACGCCAACAAGAAGACGAUUACUGAUAAUAAUGCUACUCAUUAUCAGAAAGACAUCGAUCCUAGUGACUCUUCUUACAUAGAAUUCGAGUACUUCUAACAAUCAUGGACAAAUUUAUCACCGACGUUUGAUGUAUACAUGAAUAGAGCUAAAGAUUUAGCA